UAUUGGCGGAAGUUUUGAAUGUUUACAAAUAUUUCACUUAAAUUUACCCGUAUGAAGCAAAGAUAAACCUUGUUAAAAGUGACCAAAUCCAACCAAAAUCAAAGUCGACAAGAAUGGCUAAAAAGGAUACACCAAGGUCAAUGUUGCAAGCAUUCAUUGAAAAUGUUCCAACUACAGCUCCAGUAAAGAGAACAAGAGCUAGAACAAGAUCUCCAGAAGACAGGCAUUUCAAUGAAACUGUUCCUAAUCAGAAAAAGAGAAGAAGAUCAUCUCUAGCAGUAAAACAAACACCAAGAUCAAUGAUUGAAUCUUAUAUGCAUGAUCACAAAACACAGACUCCGUUUGUUCGUGUGUUACGUAGACGGUCGAAAACUUUUACUCCAAUUACAGAGUCAGGUGAUAGAAGUGAUGUAAUUACACCAAGAACAGCAUUGGAAGGAUUUAUUAAUAAUGCACCAGAAGAGACACCAGUCCAGAGGGCAGUAAAUGAGAGUGAGCUGGAUAGUGAAUCAGAUAUCAUCUUGCCUAAUGAAACCCUUCAUGUGACUCAUUCACCAAUACAUAAUGAAGACACUGGGUCAAUUACAACUUCACAGAAACAAAGGCAAAACCAACAUCAUAUCACAUUACAGCAGUUUACACAAGGGAUGCAUAACCUGACCUCAGCUGCCAAUCAGACAAAAGAAAGGAUGUUUAGCAGUGAUUCAGAAGACACCCCUGAGAUUCCUCCAGAUGUUACUCUUGAUGUACUGGUAGACUCAUUGAAUUCAGAAAGUGAUAGAAGUCAUAUGAGGAUGCCACAACAAGACAGGCGACAAAAUCUGAAUCAUAUAACAUUAGAACAGUUCUCACAAGGAUUGAAAGAAAAAAUAGGAAGUGGAUCUGAUGCUGGUGUAAUGGGUGAUGAUGAGACAGAAGAGGAGCAUUCAGAUAUUCAAACAUUUAGAAGAGGUCAGAGGAUGUCUAGUAGGUUAUCCAUGGGGUCACUACAUACACAGGUCUUAGAAAGGUCAAUGAACAACAGGUCUUAUCUUAGUCCAGGAAAGACAAUGCCACAGGAUUUUGGAGAUUUGACACCAUCAAGAAGAACACCAGUCAGGUCCCCAAUGGUUUCACUGCCUAUUGAGUCAAACUUGACCCCAUCAAGAAGAAAUUUGACUCCAGACAAGUCCAAAGUUGAUUCAGUGUUUAUUGAACGCAACUUUACUCCAUCAAAAAGUAUUCAAAAUAUUAAACUGACUACUGACUCAGAUUUGACCCCAUCAAAAAGACAUCUAAGUUUGAAGGAGUCAUUGUUGAAUCAGACAGAUCUUACACCAUCACAACGGACUAGUAAUUUGAAUAGGUCAAAAGUGGUUCAAGCGCCUUAUGAAUCUGACUUUUCACCGCCAUCGAGAACACAGAUUUACAGUGAAUCAGCCUUAACACCAUCACGGAGAACACAGAUUAUCAGUGAAUCAGACUUAACACCAUCACAGAGAACUCAGAUUAUCAGUGAAUCAGACUUAACACCAUCACGGAGAACUCAGAUUGUCAGUGAACCAGACUUGACACCCUCACGGAGAUCUCAGAUUGUCAGUAGAUCUUCAACAUUGCAUGAACAUGAAGAAUUAACACCAUAUAGAAAGACUUUAUCCAAAAACAGUAUUUCAUCUAAUGUGGAGUCUAAUCUUACUCCAUCAAGGAGAACUGAGAACCCAAACAGAUCUACAACAUUUCAAUCUCCAAAAACAUCUGACCUGACUCCUUCAAGGAGGACUGAAAACCUACACAAAUCUACAACACUUCAAUCUCCUGACAAGUCUGGCCUGACUCCAUCAAGGAGAAGUAAUACUCUUGAUACAUCUUCAUCUGUAUACCCAACAGAGUCUAAUGCCACUCUUUCAAGAACAAUGCCAACAAAUACACCUAUGGAGCCAGUAAAAACAAAUGAAUCAUCACAGGAUGAAUCAGGAGAAACUGAUGAAUCAUUACAAGGUGAAUCAGGAGAAACUGAUGAACCAUUACAAGGUGAAUCAGGAGAAACUGAAUUAAGUUUGUCACAGACUGCAGAUAAGCCUGUUUCACAUGAAGAAUCUGACAAAUCUGGAUUGACUCAAUCUCGUAUUGGCACUUCACAAAACAGACAAAUGAAAGAUCAUGGUCAGACACCAUCUCACAGAUCACCAGAAAAAGCAUUGGACUCAGUGAUGCCAUCCUCUGAUACUAGUCAAAAGAAUAACCAAAAAUCACAAAAUAGGACUAAGGAUAUUUUAAUGUUUGAGCAGGUUGAACAGGAUAGUACAGAUGAGAAAACACCAAGGAGCCAGAUAAGGUCACAAUCAAAGCUAAAGCCACCUAUAAGAACUCCACUGAGUUCAAAUUUAACAAUACUUGAGAAUAUAAAGCCUUUAUCUAGCAGUACACCAGCAAGAAUUCUUAUAAAUAAACAGAUUGGUACACCAAGUAGGGUACCUGUUACCCCGUCAUCUGGUUCUACACCAAAAAGAGUUCCUAUGAUAGGCAGUUCAAUGAACAGGACUCCAGGAAGAAUACCAGUUAAAAAUUCGUCAAUGAAUAUUUCAAAUAAUGCUAAAUUAUCUGGAACUAUAAACAAAUCAGUUAAAAAUCAAUCAUAUCUGGGAGGAAACAUGACAAAUUCAGCACUGCCAAGUACAAACAGUUCACUUAGGAAGUUGUCGCAUAAAUCAGUUAACGUGUCACGACAGGGAGUUAGUGAGAGAUUGGAGGCAGAUGAAAGUGAAGAGGAGACUGGAGAGGAGUUCGAUACUAUAGAGUUAUACAAACUAAAGACGCCCCACUUGAGAGGAGAUAUUUCACAGAUCCCUACACCAAUAUACAGUAGUACACCUGCACCUGUUAAACCGGUUCAGAAACAACAACCAAGACCAAUUCCUCAGAGUAAACAAGACACAAAGAAAAGAAAAAAAACAGUGUCUUCAGUAUUACCAAACAAUACAAUAAAACAGGCAUUCCAGCAUUUCUGCAACAUGAAAGCUGCUCCAGACACCAUGGAAGAACUAAUUAAAUACACUGAUACAUAUUUUGAAAACACCUUUAAAACUUUGGAGGCAUUUGCAUUGCAUGCAGGGAGAAAAACUAUAGAUGAAUCUGAUGUGGAACUCCUGAUGAGACGACAAGGCUUUAUAACAGAAAAGCAGCCAUUAAAUGUGUUGGUUGAAAAUAUCUUACCUUUGGAACUACGACAAGAAAUUAUUCCAAUGGCUAGAGCUAACAAUGUUAUUGAACCAUUGUAAAGAAUACAAAUAUUAUUCAUAUUUCUAACAAGGACCUACUUGGAUAAUUAUAAAAUUAAAAGCAGAUUGUAAAGAAUAAAAACCUUUUGCUUACGGUUUAUCAAGGACCUACUUGGAGAAAAACCAAGACAGCUUGCUGUGGAUAGCUCAUAUAGAUGCAGCAGAGUUUUAGUAACAUUUGAUGGGACUGCCAUAUUAGAUUUUAGAAAUGUUGUUUCCUUAAAGCUUGCAAAAAUUAUAGGAAGCCAUAAAAUUUAUAUCAUUUUAAGUAAGAAAAGAUAAUAUUUACAUGCACAUACAUCUGUUUGGAAAUUUAAUCCAAAUAAAGGUAACAUUCAAA